UUCCUAACGCGUGUAACAAUAAGAAAGAAAGGCAGAACGAAUGAAGUCUAACGUAUACUCACUCGUGCGUCAUAUCAUACGUCAGUGCAAGUACCACACGCUAAUACCAGUCCGUGUUGGAGAUUGUAAUUUCCAGCGAGAUUUCAUACUUCAUAGCAGGAAUUACAGAGAUAUGCUGCGCUCUCCGUCGCGCAUUUCUGACAUACAGAGAUUGCGGCAAAAGAUCAAGAAAAAAUCUAUCAAAUAUGUCUGCAGUGCGAACGUGUCGUUGCAGGUCCUGGGCAGCGGAGCUUGUGGUGCACCAAGAUGCGUUUAUCUAUCGGCAGGUAAUACUAGCUACAUCUUCAACUGUGGAGAGGGAACGCAGAAGCUGGCGCACGAGCACAAGUACAAACUAGUCAAGCUGGAACAUGUGUUUAUAACAUCAGCCAACUGGGACAACUUGGGUGGCAUGCCAGGAAUGUUGCUAACGAUACAAGAUACCGGAGUACAAAAGAUCCAUGUACAUGGACCCAAAGAUACCAUAGAGAUCUUUGACGCAAUCAAGAGAUUUGUGUCACUGCAAAAUUUAAGAGUUCACGAAGCCACGUGCGACGAGUCGCAGCCGUACACAGACCAGGUCAUGUCCGUUUCGUACAUUCCCAUUACAAAAUCGAUCAAGUACAAUAUGGGGUCUACCGAUUUAGGAGAGGAAGUGGUCGACAAUAUUAAUUACUAUGACUAUGUGACCAAAUCAAACACCAGAAAAAUGUUCGAAAGUAUAAAAGAGAAAAAGAGACAUCUUUCGACGAUUGGACAAAACUCUGAUAAGAAAUUGAUAUCACAAGUGAUGUCUUAUAUUUGCAAAUUGCAUCCGCGGCAAGGCAAACUGUCGCUGGAGGCAUGUGUGGAAAAGGGUGUGAAACCUGGUCCUCUACUCGGUCAGCUGAAAGCCGGUAAGGAUGUCACUUUGGAGGACGGCACGGUAGUUUUAAGCAAGGAUGUUUGCUCUCCGCCGACACCAGGUCCCACUUUCUUAGUUGUAGAUUGCCCGUCGGAGGAUUAUCUGGAAUCCUUUGUGAAUCAUCCUGCUUUUACGCGACUACAAACUGCGACAUUGAAAGAGGACGACGCGCCGUAUUGCGUCGUUCAUUUCACAUCGCAGAAUGUGAUGGAUGAUUCUCGUUACGUAGACUGGAUGGGAAAAUUUGGACCCUACACGCGUCACAUAAUCGUAAAUGAAGAGAACGAGUGUAUGGGUACCGAAGCGUGUCACAAGCAUCAGCAUAAACUCCACAUGCUGCAUCCCGAGAUAUUUCCCUUCUUGAACGAGGACUGCUUCCAGAAAAAAACACGGACAGGGGAUCCGUGCAUCAUACAUCGUCCCAGAACACAUCACACCAUCCAUCUGCAACCGGAACUAAAGUUUGAUACGGAGAACGAGGUAUCGCUGCAUCCGCAGGAAUAUAUAAACGAGAUAUUCGAGAUCGAUGGCUUUUUAGACGCGUUGGCGGAGCUACAGACCAACAUCAACGCCCAGACAAAAUCGUUAUCUAUUGUGAACGAUUACCCAAAGAUUCUUAUGUUGGGCACUGGCUCCAGCAUACCGAAUAAAGUCAGAAAUACGAGCGGUAUAUUGCUGCAAAUAGACGAGAGCCAUAGUAUGUUGUUGGAUUGCGGUGAGGGUACGUUCGGGCAGAUUGUCAAAUUUUACGGAAGAUCCGAGACGCAUAAUAUCAUGCAGUCAAUCAAGGCGAUAUACGUGUCACAUUUGCACGCGGAUCAUCACAUCGGAUUGAUUGACUUGAUAAAACAAAGAAGGAAAGUCACGCAAGAUCCUUUGUACCUGUUGGCGCCGGGACACAUCGUCGCGUGGUUGCAGUUUUAUCACAAACGCUUCGAACCUAUUUUGCAUCAAAUAACACUGAUAUCAAACAGCGAGUUCUUCAUGGACGUACAUAGACCGUCGGAGCAACAAUAUAAGAACAUGUAUAAAAACCUGAAUGUGCGAGUCGUGAGGACAGUAUACGUCAAGCAUUGUCCUUAUUCUUAUGGUGUUUCCAUAGAGCUCAAUAAUGGACAGAAAAUCGUUUACAGCGGCGAUACUAUGCCCUGCGAGAGUCUCGUGAAACUCGGACAAGACUGCGAUCUAUUGAUUCACGAAGCGACGAUGGAGGACGAUCUCGUAAAAGAAGCAAAGAUGAAGUAUCAUUCGACGGUGUCGCAGGCCAUACAAAUGGGUCAACAAAUGAGGUCGAAGUUUACGCUGUUGACGCACUUUAGCCAACGCUACGCGGCUAUACCUCACUUGCCACAAAGUGAGAAUGAUCUACGUAAUGUCGGUAUCGCAUACGAUAAUAUGCAGGUCAGCCUGUCGCAAUUGCCGCUAUUGCCUUUGAUGUACCCGACGUUAAAAUUAAUGUUCAACAAGCAUUAUGUCGAAUUGGAAGAACGAGCCGCUAAGCGACAGCGGUUGACGAAUCAGUGAUCAGUCUGAAAAGCAUUAUGAUUUAGCUAUCUUGUACAUCAUAAGAAAUACAUUUGUACAUAAUAAAGGACAAACUGCGUCCUGACGGACGUGAUAUCGAUAGCUGUUUAUCUUGUGAUCGAUAAUUGAUCACGAGUUGAAUUGAACCGAAUUUGCUAUUAGAAUUGUAGAAUUGCAAAGGUGCCUUUACAUAGGAGCAUCGAGUGUCAAGCGCGUUGAGCACAUGAGUAAUAUAUGGUGAGUUGUUGCUGAAACGCAAGAUUAUAUAUAAUUUGAUUGCUACUAAAUCAUCAGUUGAAUUUCGAGACAUUUAUCAGCAAUUCAGAAAAAAUUGUAAGACAUUACAAAAUGUCUAUUAUCGGCAUUAUUUA